CUUAACCAUUCUUCUUCUUUCCCCCUCGCUCUGCCUUGUGCGUCUGCAAGCGAAAGCACUGUACCGCGUCGUGCUCCUCCAUCAAAUCCCAGAUUCUUUAAGGCUUCAACAUUUCCAUUUCAGAUGGCUUUACAAACAUCAAAUCCCCCUACUAGUCCCAGUGCCCAAGUGGUUGGCAAUGCUUUUGUUGAGCAGUAUUACCAUAUUCUUCAUCACUCUCCAGAAUUGGUUUAUAGAUUUUAUCAGGAUUCAAGUGUUUUGAGUCGUCCAGACAACAAUGGGCAAAUGACAUCAGUCACGACAAUGCAAGGUAUCAAUGAGAAGAUUCUUUCCCUGGAUUAUAAGAACUAUAAGGCAAAGAUUCAAACUGCUGAUGCACAGAAGUCUUAUAAGGAAGGAGUAACUGUCUUAGUGACUGGAUGCUUAACGGGCGAGGAUAAUUUGAAAAGGAAAUUUGCACAAUCUUUUUUCCUUGCUCCGCAAGACAAUGGGUAUUUUGUUCUAAAUGAUGCAUUUAGGUAUUUGGAAGAUGGUGAGCUUUUGGAGAAUCAUAGAGUUAAUGAUGUAGAAAAUGUGCCUAAAGCCUCCUCAACCUCAACAGCUGCAGAGGGGUUGGCUCAUGUUCCUGAUCCUCCUGCCCCUGAUCCAUCUACUUUUGUUGUGGAAGAGAAUCCAAAUGCUGCUGAGAAGGCUCAUGAGCCAUCAGACCAUGAGAAACAUUUAGGUAAUGAAAAAGAUGCUGUUGAAGAAUCCCAGUCACAUUUAAAUGAGAGUGAAAUCUCUAUAGUUGCUGAAUCAGCAUCAUCUUCAGCCCAGGAAGAUGCUCCAAAGAAAUCUUAUGCCUCAAUUGUGAAAGUAACUCAAGGAAGUCCAGGGCUAACUAAAGUUUAUGUACCAACUAAUACCGCAAAAGUAACUCCCAAGAAAAUUGAGAACCAGUCUAUUGCGUCAGCACCAUCUGCUCCACCAGAAACUUCGGCACCGAGUAACAUUGAUGUCCCUGAGAACGACAAUAAUCAUGACCACGAAGAAGUUGAGGGCUACUCCAUUUACAUUCGAAAUUUGCCCUUCAAUAUAACUCCUACUCAGCUUGAGCUGGAGUUCGAGAGGUUUGGACGUAUCAAACAGGAAGGCAUCCAAGUUAGAAAUAAUAAGCAACAAGGAUACUGUUUUGGCUUUGUCGAAUUUCUGUCCUUGAGCUCCAUGAAAAAAGCAAUCGAGGCUUCACCACUCAUGAUUGGGGGACGACAAGCUGUUGUUGAAAAAAAAAGAACUUCAAAUCGAGUUGGCAGUGGAAGAGUUACCGUUCCUUCUAGAAUGGGAGGAUAUCGAAAUGACAGCUUCAGGAGUCGUGGAAAUUACAGUGGUAGCCGAGGCUUUGGCAGAAAUGAAUAUGCAGGUUGGGGCGAAUUCUCUGGUCGAGGUAGGGGUUCUGCUGGGCGUGGUGAAGGGAGAGGAAGAGGGAGAGGGAGAGGGAGAGGAGGCCGCUCAAGCGAAUCAAAAUAGGCAAGUAUCUUGCUUGAAACUCCAUGAAGUGGUUUUUGGCAUCAAUUUUUUUGACAGAGUCGGUUCCUUUCACUUUAGAUGAGUGGGAGUUGAUGUUUUCUUUUUCACCUCAUUGAUAUUUCACAAGAAAAUCAGCUUUUAAACACCAGAUCUUAACAGCAUUAAGAGGAAAGGCAUUGUUAUAGGUUAGGAACUUUAUGUAGGGUUUAUUCACCAUAGUUGUGUAAUUUUGCAGAAUCCUAAGGUCAUCCUCCAAAUUUUUAGUAAACAACAUUGGUUUUUUCCCUUUGCCAGGAUGACACUGGUGUUUAAAUGAUAUGGUUGUUUAUCCAGAAUGAUUUUUAAGUCA